UGGUAUGUCACGUUUGGUUUGUUUAUACUUGUUUUCAUGUUCAAUUUUUAAAAAACUAUCUAAUUAUUAAACAUUAGUUGAUAUUUAAAUUAUCAAAAUCAAAAUGGGCGAAGAAGAUGCUUUCGAGAAGAAAAAAUCCCAUAGAGAUCGACAUUCGGGUCGAAAGGCCGACAAAAAGAAAACCAAAAAAGCAAAUCUAAACCCUGUCGAAGAAUUAACCGCCAAACAAAGAAAUCCCAAGGCAUUCGCUUUUAAUUCAGCAAUCCGAGCUGAAAGAAAGUUCAGAAGAAAACAAGAUAUUGACACUAAAAAACAACAUAUCCCUUUAGUGGACAGAUCGCCAAUAGAGCCUCCUCCUAUAUUAAUUGCUGUAGUCGGUCCACCAAAAGUAGGCAAAACCACUGUAAUCAACAAUUUGAUAAAACUAUUCACAAAGUCUCCAUUAAGCGAUAUUAAAGGCCCAGUUACAAUUGUAACAGGCAAAAAGCGUAGAAUAACAAUCGUAGAAUGUAAUAAUGAUAUAAAUUCAAUGAUAGAUUUAGCCAAAGUGUGCGAUUUAGCUUUGCUGCUGUGCGAUGCAAGCUUUGGUUUUGAAAUGGAAGUGUUUGAAUUUUUAAAUAUAUGCCAAGUACAUGGAAUGCCUAGAAUUAUGGGAGUUUUGACCCAUUUAGAUAUGAUCAAGAACAGUAAGACACUCAAAACCACCAAAAAAACAUUGAAACAUAGAUUUUGGACGGAAGUUUAUCCAGGUGCUAAACUAUUCUACCUUUCUGGUAUCAUUCAUGGAGAAUAUCUAAGAAAUGAAAUAAAAAAUUUAGGUAGAUUUAUAUCUGUCAUGAAAUUCAGGCCUUUGUUGUGGAGACAAAACCACAGCUACAUUUUAGGAGAUAGAUAUGAAGAUUUAACCAAUCAAGAAUUAAUCAGGCAAAAUCCAAAGUGUGACAGAAAAAUUUCUUUGUAUGGUUACAUAAGAGGUGUUCCAUUAAAAAAGGAAAAUUCAGUUCAUAUUGCUGGUUUCGGAGAUUUAAAAAUCCAAGAUAUUUCUUAUUUGCCAGACCCUUGCCCUCUACCAGAUGCGAUUAAAAAACGAGCCCUAGUUGAAAAGGAAAAACUCGUGUACGCUCCAUUUUCUGGAGUUGGAGGCAUUGUGUACGAUAAAGAUGCAGUUUAUGUAGAAAUGCCUAACAGUCAAAGCCAAAUGAAAAAAAAUGAAGACAGUGAAACUUCAAAUAUUUUCACUAAUUUAAUUGAGACUAAGGAAACUGCUGAUUUUAAAAGGGAAAAUUGGAAAUUGCAAAUUUUUACUGGUGACAAUAAAAUAACAGAUUUUGAUAAUGAAGAUUUUAGUCAACUUGAGCAAAAUAAAAUUGAUUCAACCAAGAAUUAUAAAGAGGAAGCUGUUGAAGAUUCAGGAAGAAUUAGGAGAAAAGUUAUUUUUGACAAUAAUGAUGAGGCUGAAAUUUCUGACUCAGAUAAUGAAGAUUCAGUUGUUGAGCAAGACAAUACAGAAGUCAAAUCAGCGCCAAAGCCUAAAAAGGACGAAGAUAUUCAAUCAAAAAUCAAAGAAGUAUUGACAAACUUGGAAAAUAAAAGCGCUCCAAUUGAGCAAGACUUGGAUUCAAGUGAUUCUGAAGAAAUGGAAGAAGAUGAGGAUUCAGAUUCGGAAGUAGAAGACAAUGACAAUGAAGAAGAUAUGGCAGUAGAAUGGAAACAAAACUUAGUUAAAAAAGCAAAAGAUGCUUUCCUGGAAAGAAUUAGCACCUCACAAAAUUUGAUGAAGCUUGUUUAUGGAGUAUUUGAUGCGCAAUAUCAAAAAGCUCAACAGGAAACCCAAAAUGAAGCAAGCAGUGACGAAGAAGAUAUUGGUGGCAUAUUCAAAAAAGUAUCUAAAGAUCAACAGAAGAAAAAAUUGGAAAAAGAUAAUAUGAAUUUAACUGAAUCACCUUUAAUGUUCCCAUGGAAUACAGUCACCAAAGACUGGACAGAAGAAGAAAAUAAAGUACUAAUAGCCAAUUGUUUUGUCACUGGCAAAUGGAAGGAUUCUGAAGAUGCUAGUGAACUAUUAAAACUUGAUGAUACUCAAAAUUUGAGUGAUGUUGAUGGUGAUUUUGAAGAUUUGGAAACUGGGAUUAAACAUGAAGCAGGUCAAAAACGAAAACGCGAAGAUGAUGAAAAGGAUGAUAAAGCUGACAAAGAAGCUUUGGCGGAGAAAAAGCGCAAACUAAAGGAAAAAUUCGAUUCAGAAUACGAUAACACAGACAAAAGUAGUUAUUACGACGAGCUAAAGAUGACUGCAGAAAAACAGGCCCAAUUGAAUAAAACCGUUUUUGAUAACAUGCCCGAUGAUGUCCGAGUCCAAGUGGAAGGAUUCAGACCUGGAAUGUAUGUCAGAAUCGAAUUUGAAGAUGUUCCUUCUGAAUUUAUAACAAAUUUUGAUCCCACAUAUCCUUUAGUCAUAGGCUCAUUGAAUAUGGGCGAGGAAAAUAUUGGAUAUGUGAAUGUUAAGAUCAAGAAGCACAGAUGGUAUAGUAAGAUUUUGAAAACAAGCGACCCGCUGAUUAUAUCUUUGGGUUGGAGGAGGUUCCAGACUAUACCAUUAUAUUCAAAACUUGAAGACGAUUUGAAGAGUAGAUAUCUAAAGUAUACCCCCGAACACUUAGCAUGCAAUGCUCAUUUUUGGGGCCCAAUCACUCCACAAAGCACUGGAUUUUUGGCAUUACAAAGUGUGGAUUCUAAUCCAGAGAUUCUGAAGAAGCAAGGUUUUAGAAUAGCGGCAACAGGUUCAGUGCAGGAACUAGACAAAACCACCCAGAUAAUGAAAAAACUGAAACUCAUCGGCUAUCCAUUGAAGAUUUACAAAAAGACAGCUUUUAUCAAAGGAAUGUUCAACAGCGCAUUAGAAGUAGCAAAAUUUGAAGGGGCCAGAAUCAAAACCGUGUCUGGUGUUAGAGGGCAAAUUAAAAAAGCCGCUAGUAAACCUGAGGGUUGCUUCAGGGCUACUUUUGAAGAUAAAAUUUUGCUGAGUGAUAUCGUGUUUUGUCGUACUUGGUAUAAGGUCGAUGUGCCUGAAUAUUACAACCCUGUAACCACCCUUUUAUUGCCUCCUGAUCAGAAAAAUCAAUGGAAAGGUGUUAGGACUACUGGAGAAAUAAAACGCGAUAAAAAUCUUAGAAAUCCUACAAAUGUGGACAGUUUAUAUACACCAAUUGCAAGGGAAGAAAAGCCAUUUAAGCCCCUUGUAGUUCCUGCAAAACUACAAAAAGCUCUGCCAUAUAGAGACAAGCCUAAUCAUGGCGUUAAAUCCACAGACAAGAAGAAAUCUAUUGAUAGAGUGGCUGUUAUACGAGAACCUCACGAACAAAAGGUUGCAAAUAUGAUUAAGAUGAUUAAGGCUUCUUAUCAGCACAAACAAGCUAAACUUAAAGAAGAAACUAAGCAAAGAAUGGAAAAACACAGACAAGAGGUUUCAGCUCAAGAAGCGAGUAAAGAUAGGAAAAUUAAGCAGAAAAAGAAGGCGGUGUUUAGGAGUAAGAGUAAAGCUCAAAUAAGUCAAGAGAAGAAAGGAAACAAAUAAAUUGUUUUAGUUAAGAUUGUUUUAUUACAGUUUUAUAUGAUAUAACUUUCUGUAUAGUGUUUUGGCAAUAUGGAAAAACUACUAUUCUUUCACCCCUAGCAUCCUUAUUGAAAAAAUCUAAACUAUCGUAUCUACAUGAAAUAUUAAAGGU